AUGUUUUUUUACAAAUUUGUCCGUGAGAGUUUUUUCGGCAGAUCCAUCUAUCACCUCUCUGGCAGGAAGGUCUUUAACUACCCAGAGGAGCACCCUGACUAUGUUAUCCCUUCGAGAUACCUAGGUAAGGGUGAUUCCACGAUAGAAAGCUUCGUGGGUGAGACUAAUGAGGAAAGCAACGAAGAAUUGCCAUCGGACUCGUCAUCGCAAACAACCAAAGCUGAUUAUAUCAUUGUGGACUGGGAAGGCGAAGAUGAUCCAGAAAAUCCAUAUAACUGGCCCUUGAAAUACAAGAUAAUUUUCAUUGCCCAGAUUAUGCUUCUUACUGCAUUCGUUUACAUGGCCUCCGCCAUCUACACACCUGGUGUGGAGGAGAUCAUGGAGGAUUUGGGUGUGGGACAAGUUGUGGCAACUCUACCAUUGACCCUUUUCGUGAUUGGAUAUGCCAUUGGACCCAUGGUGUUCUCCCCACUUUCCGAGAACGCCAUCUUUGGCAGAGCAUCCAUUUACAUUAACAUUGCUGGAUUGUGCAUCUUGCGUUUUAUUGCAGGCUUCUUUGCCAGUCCAUGUUUGUCCACAGGUGGUGCCUCUGUUGGUGACGUUAUCACCUUGCCUUAUAUACCAGUGGGCAUCUCUUGUUGGUCCAUUGCUGCUGUUUGUGCGCCUUCAGCCGGUCCAUUGUUUGGUGCCAUCUUGACAGUGAAGGCUAACUACCACUGGACAUUUUGGUUCGUGUGCAUCACUUCUGGCGCAUCUUUUAUCGUUCUUGGCUGGUUGCUUCCAGAAUCCUACUCCAAGACCAUUUUGUACAGAAAGGCAGAGAGACUCAGAGCUCUCACUGGCAACGACAGAAUCGUGAGUGAGGGGCAUCUUGAAAACGCCAAAUUUAGCACCAACGAAAUGCUCGUCGAGACCAUCUGGCGUCCUAUUGAGGUCAUGAUCUUUGAGCCUGUCGUGUUGCUCAUCAACAUUUACAUCGGUUUGAUUUACUCUGUCAUGUACUUGUGGUUCGAGGCCUUCCCCAUCGUGUUUGUGGAGGUGAAAGGAUUCACUCUUAUUGAAAUGGGAGUUGCCUACUUGUGUAUUUUGGUUGGUAUCCUAGUCGCAGCAGCUAUCUACAUUCCUACCAUCUACUUCAGGGUGACCAAAAAAAUGCUUCGUAACGAGCAGGUUGCUCCUGAAGUAUUUAUUCCAGUCGCUAUUGUGGGUAGUGUGCUCAUGCCUAUUGGUAUCUUUAUUUUCGGCUGGACUGCUGCCGAAGACCUUCACUGGAUUGGUCCACUCAUCGGUGCUGCCGUUUUCGCUGCCGGCGCUUUUAUUUGUUUCCAGACCUUGUUCAACUAUCUUAGUAUGUCUUUCUGGAGAUUCUUGGCUUCCGUGUUUGCUGGUAAUGCUUUGUUCAGAAGUAUGAUGGCCGGUGCUUUCCCAUUAUUCGGCAGAGCACUUUUCCUCAACUUGGCUACAAACAGAUUCGCUGUUGGUUGGGGCUCCUCUGUCUUGGGAUUCAUUUGUGUGGGCAUGAUUGCGAUUCCUGUCUUGUUCUACCUCAACGGUCCUAAGUUGAGAGCCAGAUCCAAGUACGCUGGUGCUGGCUAA